AUAAUAUUAGGUUAGGUGCUUUGUUUGUAAUUUGUGUUUAAUUAUUUGUUAAUGAUUUAUAUUAAACUUACGCAAUUAUGCUAGAAAAUUAUCCAAGUAUUAAGGAAACAAAUAAAAUUCUUAAGGACGCACAAAAUGGUUCUAUAUGUUCCCUGCAGCAAUUUUCAAAAAAAUACCCCGAACAUCAUUGGAGUGCAAUUCGUUACGAUACAACAGGCGAUACAAUACUACACAUAGCUGCGCGUUCGGGCCACGUGAAUAUUAUUCAUUUUUUGAUGGAUAUUUCGGACGUUUUUACGGUAGAUUGUAAAAAUAACGACGAUAAAACAGCUUUACACGAAGCGUGUCAAUUUGCUCGACUGGACGUUUGCACUUUACUUUUAAAAGCCGGGGCCGAUGCGAAUGCACUAAAGAGAGCCGAUUGGACCCCUCUGAUGUUAGCUUGCACGAAAAUAGUUGGAGAUACGAAUUAUAAGAUUGUCGAGUUACUCCUAAAGCACGGAGCGUUGGUAAAUUGCAGGAAUAAAGACGGUUGGACUAGUUUACACAUAAUUUGCAGAGAAGGGGAAUCCAACAUAUUACAUCUCCUAGUAAAACACGGCUCGGAUUUGAACUCGAAAACGAAAAACGGUAGAACUUGCUUGCAUAUAGCAGCGUUACACGGCCAUUUAAAUAUCGUCGAAGCCCUUUUAAAAGGCGGAGUGGACGUGAAUGGAAAGGACAAUUGCGGUAAUAGCCCUUUACACGAAGCGAUUCUAUCAGGAAACACGGAUAUUUCUAAAUUUUUAAUCGAUAAUGAGGCGGAUGUACACUGUAAAAAUAAUAGCGACUAUGGGUUACUUCAUCUAGCUUCUUCCCGAAGUAAUAUAGAGACAGUUCGAUUCGUUUUAGAUGAUUUAAAAUGGAAUAUUAACGAGAGGAAUAGCAGCGGUUUAACGGCGCUACAUUGUGCUGGAAGGAAUAAUAAUAUGGACGUUUAUCGGUAUUUAAUAGAAAAGGGAGCUGAUGAAAUGGUACUAGAUGAUUUCAAAAGGAAACCAAGUGAUUAUCUUCCAAGAUAACAAAGUAGUUUUGUUCGAAAUUGAUGAUAAAUUAUAUUUUUUCU